AUGAUCGCCGGUGGGCCGACCGACGGUGAUUCAAAUCGAGCUAGGAAGUUGCACGCGUGGUGGCUAGAAAUACAUUUUGUUGGAUGCAGCAAGGAGAAGGCCGAUGAUCCUGAGAUUAGCUUCAAUCCCCGAGACUUAGAGGAAGUGGAGAUCCCUCAUGACGACGCCUUGAUCAUCCAGGCGGUAAUCGCUAACUAUACCAUCCACCGAACUUUUGUUGAUACAGAAACUAACAAUGCUGAUUCAGUGUUUACUUCAGUUUUUGAACUGAUAUCUUUUACUAAAAUCUUAUACUCUCUUCAGGUGCCUGAGGGACUUGAAAUGUGUGUUCGACUUAUGCUUCCUGGAGAGAUAGCACUGGUCACUAGUCCUCCUGAUUAUGCAUAUGAUAAAUUUUCAAGGCCUGCUAAUGUUCCUGAAGGAGCUCAUGUCCAGUGGGAAAUCGAGUUGCUUGGCUUUGAGAUGCCCAAGGAUUGGACUGGAUUGACAUUUCAAGAAAUUAUGGAUGAGGCAGAAAACAUCAAAAACACGGGAAAUAGGUUAUUCAAAGAAGGGAAGUAUGAACUUGCUAAAGCAAAGUAUGAGAAGGUGCUUCGGGAGUAUAAUCAUGUAAAUCCUCAAGAUGAUGAGGAAGGGAAAAUCUUUUUGAAUUCAAGAAACACAUUACAAUUGAAUGUUGCAGCCUGUUAUCAGAAAAUGGAUGAACACAGAAAAUCUAUUGAGACUUGCAAUAAGGUGUUAGAUGCUGGCCCUGCACAUGUCAAGGCCUUGUAUCGACGUGGCAUGGCAUACAUGUUGCUUGGAGAUUUUGUAGAAGCAAAGAAAGAUUUUGAAAUGAUGAUGAAAGUUGAUAAAACUGCAGAACCUGAUGCUAUAGCUGCCCUUCUUAAGCUAAAACAAAAGGAGCAGGAGACUGAAAAGAAGGCAAGGAGACAAUUCAAAGGGCUAUUUGACAAGAAGCCCGGAGAAAUUUCUGAAGUUGGGAAUGAUGUAAAAGUUGGCAGCACUCCUGAUGACUCAAAGCCUGAAACUCAGAACACCAUGUUGGAAAAAGAAACUGGUGAUAAGGAUCACAUUGAUGGAGAUGCCGCUGAGAGUAUAUAUGAACCAGAUAGGAUAGGGCUUCUUGGCCGGUUAUGGCCUUCUGGGAGUCGGAUCUUUGCUGCUCUUGGAUUGAACAAAUGCUCAAUACUGUGAAGUGAUGUUCUGUUAGUGAAUAUUUCAAACUUGCAGAUAGCUACUUAAUCACCUUGUUUCCUCUCCAAAGUUGACCUUGUUUGGAGCUAGUAAUUUAAUUUUAUUGCAGCUUCUGUUGUUGUUCUGUUGUUUCUCUAAUCUCACAAUUUUAUUGUAUACCAGUUAAUGAUCCUUGACCUUUUGUAAGUCUAUGUAUCCUGUAUUCUAUUCA